AUGUUGUACCUGGUGCGUGAGAACCUCUUCAUCGGCAACAUCAAUGCAGCUGCAGAAGUACUUUUGAAUGGCAGCGAAGGAAUCACCCAUAUCUUAUCAGUUCUGAGCUCGGCUUCUAUCAGCUUUUUCUCAGAAUGGAAAUCGAGUUUCUCAGUUCCAACCAAAGAGAUUCGCACUGUGUACAUGGGGGAUUCAGAUUCAAUUGAAAACUCGGAGGGUGAUGUAUCAGAUAAAACCGCAUUAUCCUCCAAGAAGAUUCUUUAUGUACUCGAGAACGCAGGAAAAGAUUUGAAUCUGGUGAGGAUGGCUGUUCCUUUGAGAGAUAUGGAGAGCGAAAAUUUGCUUGAUUCGUUAGAAGUUUGUUUGGAUUUCAUUGAUGAAAGUAGGAAAAAGGGUUCAGUUUUGGUUCAUUGCUUUGCAGGUGUAUCCAGAAGUGCGGCCAUCAUCACAGCAUACCUGAUGAGAACUGAAAGACUUUCUCUAGAAGAUGCACUUGAAUCAUUACGCCAAAGCAAUGAAUCUGUUUGCCCUAAUGAUGGAUUUUUAGAACAGUUGAGCAUGUUUGAAGAUAUGGGAUUCAAGGUUGACCAUUCAACCACUAUAUAUAAACGCUUCCAUUUGAAGGUUUUAGGCGACUCAUACAACCGAGGAGAGAAAAUCGACACCACAAAGUUUGCUGCUGACCCUGGCUUGUCCAAGAAAGAAGUCAUUGGGACCGGAACGGCAUCACAGAAAGAAGUGAUUCCGCUUCCGAUUCCGAUUCCGACUCCGGCGUCUGCAUUCCGGUGCAAAAAGUGUAGGAGAGUUGUUGCAUUGGAGGAGAAUGUUGUGAGUCAUGUUCCAGGGGAAGGGGAGAGUUCUUUUGAGUGGCAUAGAAGGAGAAGUGAUAACUAUUUUAACAAAUAUGAUGAGCUUGAAUGCACCUCCAUUUUUGUUGAGCCUCUUCGUUGGAUGAAAACAGUGGAAGAAGGUGCACUGGAAGGAAAGCUGUGGUGCAGCCACUGUGAAGGCCGAUUGGGUUACUUUAAUUGGUCAGGAAUACAGUGUAGCUGCGGGAGCUGGAUCACUCCAGCUUUUCAGCUCCAUAGAAGCCGAGUUGAUAUCAGCACUCUUUAAAUAAAAA